AUGGCUGAAAUCGUUAGAAAACGUUCUAUACAUAUUCGUGAUGCUAGGAUAGCUGGGUUGUACGACUUGGAGCAUACUAUUGGACAGGGACAUUUUGCCGUUGUGAAACUCGCUCGCCAUGUAUUUACUGGGGAACAGGUCGCUGUCAAGAUUAUUGACAAAACGACUCUCGAUGCUGAAGCACAAGUGCAUGUUAUGCAAGAAGUUCGAUGUAUGAAAUUGGUGCAACAUGCAAACAUCGUUCGUCUCUACGAAGUCAUUGAUACUAAUACUAAAUUAUUUCUUAUUCUGGAGCUCGGCGACUACGAUAUGCACGAUUUCAUCAUAAAACAUGAGAAUGGUGUUGCUGAACCUUUAGCUCAGCAAUACUUUUGUCAAAUCAUAACUGCAAUUGAUUACUGCCAUCGACUUCAUGUAGUACAUCGUGAUUUGAAGGUACUU